AUGUGUGAACUGGCAGCUAUGCGGAGAGCCUCUUCUUCUGCUGUGUUCAUAAUGAUUAGUUCAAAUUGCCUCGGAAACAGCGUCAGCAGGAAUGUUCCAGCAAAGCUGAUCAAGAAGAAUCGGCCGUCGUCUUCUGGUGGAACCGACCUGCGAAUCUCUUCACCGCACACGUUCACUCGAAAUGGAAGUAAGCUUCACACUGACGACGAUUCAACGGAAGUAGGAUGGCUCGUAGACGCAGCAGUAGCACCAAAUGAAGACGACAAACAGGAUCCGUUGUCGUCUUCUGCCGGAGAGGUGAAACUGUGUUCAACUGCAACCGGGACUAUAAUGACUUUUGAGCAGCAACGACAUGCCAGAUUCUGUACGCAAUUAGCGGUUUUCGACGAGACAGUCUGUCCAGUUGCUCCUGGUCUCAAUGACUUGACGGAACAAAGACAUCUCAACGAUGCAUCCCGUCACUACGGAAGUGAUUAUAGACAUUUCCACGAUCACGAUACCACUUUUAUUCGGAGCUCGACGGCCCUCGAACCCAGGCUGUGUUUCACAGUCAGAUCUGUCAGGAGGUUACUUGAUUCGUCGUUUCGGGUUCUAAUUCCGGUCUUUGCAGCGACAUAA